UCCUUCUAAAAACAAAAUUUGUAAUCGGAAGAAUGUUUUAUAACCAUAAUUUUCAUUUAUUUUGGUUAUUUUCUGUGAAGGGAAUUAUUUGACAAUAUUGCACGUUGUAGAAACAUUCAUGUCUUUACCAGUUAGUAAAGAUCAAAGGCGUUCCGUCUUAGAAGUAUCCCGAUUUUCGUCCAGUUCAAGCCCUGAAAUAGAUAAAACGCAGACGACGACGUCAUUAUUUGCCAGCACAACAACACUGAAAGAGUCAAAGAGUUUAUCAAACGUUGGCAGUGGUGGCAGUUGGGGGAAAUCAUCCUCUCCCACAGCUGCCAGCAACUCAGAAGGUUCACCCUUGCUGCUUCUCAGACAAAGUCAUCGAAGAUCUCGAGACUCUGCAAUGAGUUCAAGUCAGGAGUCUAUAAAUACAGUUGGUUUAAAUAAAGAUGGUCACCAUGGUUCAGCAGGAGAUUUAGAUGAUGUUGAAUCAGAAUUGAAAUGCAGCAACAAACAGUCUGAGACAACGAUACAGGAAGUCGAAGAAAGUCACUCAAGUAGUCCAGACGUCGAUCAGUUUGCAUCUGCUAGUGAUUUAAUCGAAGCAGCAGAAGACAAGGAAACUACACCAGACACCUCAGCAAUCGAAAACCAAGAUGUCUCAUCGAAGCCUUACUCAAAAUCAGACUCUCUCGACCAAAGCAGUGACAAAAGUGAAGGUCAGCAGACUAGGGAGAGAUCGUUUGAACGCUCCCUGGAUAAUAUUAUGGACAAAUGUUCGGAGAAAUCUCUGGACUUGAAUCUGAGUGUUGAUUCUUGGAAUGGUUCUGUCAGUGACACGAGUGUUAGAACACCAGACCUGUCUAAUUCAUCUUACGGGACAAAAUGCUCCAAGAUCGAGAAAAAACGAAAAGCAAAAUCAUGGUACACUAUGUUAAGUCCAACCUAUAAAUCUCGUAGUGAAGAUUUUCAUAAAUUAUUUAAAGAUGUACCUAAAGAUGAUAGGUUGGUUGUUGAUUAUUCAUGUGCUCUACAGAAAGAUAUAUUAGUACAAGGUAGAAUGUACCUAUCACAGAAUUGGAUCUGUUUCUAUGCUAACAUAUUUCGAUGGGAAACGGUGUUAACGAUACCAUGUAGUGAAAUCGUUGCUAUAACUAAAGAGAAGACAGCUAGAGUAAUACCUAAUGCUAUACAAGUUACAACGGAAAAAGAGAAAUAUUUCUUCACGUCUUUCGGUGCCAGAGACAAAACGUACAUGAUGUUAUUUCGACUCUGGCAAAAUGCUCUACUUUCUGAGCCUAUGAAUCCUAAAGAACAGUGGCAGUGGAUACACUAUAGUUAUGGAGAAGAAUUGGGACUAACAUCUAGUGAUGAAGAUUAUGUAGCACCUCCUGGAAUGGAUGAUUUAAAGGAGAAACUAUUACCACCAGAAAUGCCACCAUUAAAGGAACAGACGGAUUCAUCAGAUAUUCAUGGUACAUCCGAGAUGUUGACGAUGGCUAGUAAUGAUGAAGAUGCUAUCCAAUCAGAUGAAGUUUUCUCUCAUCCCCAGACGAGUCCGUCACUUGACUCGCCGUUAUCACUAGGUCGUUCAGAAAUACCAACAGAUUUCAGUGAUACAACAGAAGACAGUGAAGGUGAAGUAGCAUGUUCAGGACAUGAUCAUCUAGAGAAGUUAUAUGUAGAUGAAGUAUUUAAUAUAUCAGUUGAUAAAAUGUUCACUUUAUUAUUCACUGAUACUCCAUUCUUCAGAAUCUUUGUUGAAUCAAGAAAAACAUUUGAUGUUGAAAUACCCAAUUGGGGUGAAGAAGUUGAUGAAGAUGGUAAUCGUGUUCGAACUAUAAGUUAUACGUUAUCAUUAAAUCAUUCUAUCGGACCAAAAACAUCUCCCUCUACAGAACGACAGACAUGUUAUAAACAGAGUAAACCUGGUAUUAUAUAUGUUGUCGACUGUCAGUGUGAAAAUAACGGCAUCCCUUACGCUGAUUCCUUCUUCGUUAUUACACAAUACUGUCUCACUAGAGUUACCAAGGAUAAAUGUCGUCUUCGUGUCACCGGAGAAGUCAAAUAUAAAAAAUCUGUGAUGGGUUUAAUAAAAAGUAUGAUAGAAAGAUCAGCGGUAGGUGGAUUAACAGAUUAUUUCAGAGAUCUUGCCGUUCAUUUACGUAGAGAAGUUGAAGAGAGUGAUAAAUUAUUAGUUCAUACAAUUUCCAAGAAAAAGUUACGAAAACGAAGGAAAGGAGGUACAACGGGAUCAGAAACACAAACCUCUUCUCGACAGGCAGAUAGACAGGUUUCUACACCACCAUCUCCUCUUAAAAGUUUAAGAGAUGAUAGGUUAUUAUGGAUAUCAUCUGAUGCUUUAGUUAGAAUUAUCUGUCUGAUUUUAACCCUACUAGUUGUUUUUAAUGCUAUAUUGUUUUAUAAACUCUGGUCUUUAGAAAGUUUCGCUGGAGCUUUUUAUCAAUCACACUCUGAUCAGAUCCUAGAAAACCUAGCUAAAUAUCCACAUUCACAAGAUGAAUGGGUACAUUUAUUACGACAACAACAGAAUUUACAUGAUAGUGAAAUAGAUAAAUGGAGAGACGUUUUAUCAACAUCAAUAAUAUUAGUUGAUCAGAUAAAAGGAACAUUGGUACAUUUACACAGCAGUCUUGAAGGACGUUUAAAAAAUACAGAUUCAAGUAGCUGACAUCGAAAAAAAUAAUUAAAAAAAUGGUCACAAAACUUAUCUAUUUUAUAAAUAUACAAUUCAUUCAGUUUUAUGAAUAUACAGUACAUUCUGUUU